UCGCACUCAAACUAGAAUAUGGACUGGUUGGUAUUUCUGACAGUGGCGCUUGGAUUCGAUAUAGUUGCAACGAAACCUACAACUAGUUAUGAUUACUAUCGCCUGCCGACGUCUUUACGUCCGGAGAAAUAUCACUUACGGGUUUUGACUCACCUGGACAACCCCAACGAACUUACUUUCUCGGGUUCCGUUAAAAUUCUUAUUGACGCACUGAGGAAUACAAAGAACAUAACGCUGCACUCCCUGAAUCUUCGCAUAGACGAGACCCAGAUAACUCUCAAGCAAAUCAGUGGCAUUAAGAAGGAUAAUUGUAUAUCCUCGACGGCGGUGAACCCUGUCCACAAUUAUUACAUCCUCAAUACCUGUCAGGAGUUAGUGGCUGGUAAUGUUUACGAGCUGAGUAUGCCCUUUGCCGCCGAUUUAAACAGACAAAUGGAGGGUUACUAUCGCAGCUCCUACAAGGAUCCUGUAACUAAUUUAACAAGGUGGCUUUCUGUGACUCAGUUCGAACCUGCUUCCGCUCGCUCGGCUUUUCCGUGCUUCGAUGAGCCUGAACUUAAAUCAAAAUUUAUAAUUACUCUGGGAUACCAUAAAAAAUACACAGCCUUAAGCAAUAUGCCCGUAAAGGAAACCAAGCCCCACGAAUCACUUAAAGAUUAUAUCUGGACUGAGUUCGAAGAAUCCUUGCCAAUUUCUACCUAUCUUGUUGCCUACUCUGUGAACGAUUUUUCUCACAAAACUUCUACUCAACCAGGGGGACCUCUUCUCCGCACUUGGGCCAGAUCAAAUGCCAUCGACCAGUGCGAUUAUGCAGCUGAGUUUGGACCCAAAGUUCUGCAACACUUUGAGGAAUUUUUCGGUGUCAAGUUUCCCCUCCCCAAAGUGGAUCAGAUAGCAGUACCCGAUUUCGAUGAGGGCGCAAUGGAAAAUUGGGGUCUAAUUACGUACAGGGAAAUUUCACUUCUCUACUCCGAAAAUCACAGUUCCCUGGAAGCCAAGGAGAAGCUGGCAGAGGUAGUGGCCCACGAGAUGGCCCAUCAGUGGUUCGGCAACAUGGUGACGAUGAAGUGGUGGACGGAUCUGUGGCUAAAGGAAGGAUUCGCCACCUAUCUGGCAUCGUUAGGCGUUGCAAAAAUCCAUCCCGAGUGGAAUAUAUUGGACAGAGAAAUGAUAAAUAAUAUUUUUUUAACCUUUGGCUUGGAUGCUCUGGAGAGCAGUCACCCCAUAUCCCGGCCCAUCAAACUAAUUUCCGAUAUUGCGGAAAGCUUCGAUGCAAUUUCCUACAAGAAAGGAGGCGCGGUACUCCGCAUGAUGCAUUUAUUUCUGGGAGAAGAGGCCUUCCGCUUUGGUGUGAAACAAUACAUUCAGUUGAAUUCCUAUAGAAAUGCAGAGCAAGACAAUCUGUGGCAAUCACUCUCAAAAGCUGCUCACCAGUUUGGCGCCUUGGCGAAGGACUAUGAUAUCAAAACCAUAAUGGACUCGUGGACUUUGCAAACGGGUUAUCCUGUAGUCCAUAUAACCCGGAAUUAUUCAGCGAGGAUCGCUAAAGUUAGUCAGGAGAGAUUUUUCCUAAACCCAAAAGUAUCCCCUGUCCACCGAAAAAAGUGCUGGUGGGUGCCCCUGAGCUACACCUCCCAAGACAAAAGGGACUUCAACAGCACUGCGCCAAUGGCUUGGAUGGAGUGUACGAAUAAAGGCGCAAGUCUUCCGAAAACUAUUUCUAACUUACCCCAGUCUGAUCAGUGGGUGAUCUUCAACAUUCAGCUGUCCAGCUUCUAUAAAGCCAAUUAUGAUGCUCAGAACUGGAAGCUGUUGAUCAAAACCCUAACCGAAGGAGACUUUGAGAGUAUUCACGUUAUCAACAGAGCUCAGCUGGUCGACGAUGUCCUGCAUUUUGCCAGGACGGGAAUGCAAAGCUAUGAAGUGGCCUUGGAACUCGUUUCGUAUUUAAAACGAGAGAGGGAGUAUUUGCCUUGGAAUGCAGCCAUUCUUAGUCUUCAGCAUUUGGGUCGUCUUCUCCGGGGCACACCGCACGUUAAGUUGUUUAAGCGCCUGAUGAGAAAAUUGCUUACCCCACUUUACCAGCACCUAGGCGGUAUCGACGGCAACUCUCAAUCAACCCAAAAUCAGGAUCAAAUCCUUUUAAAAGCCAUUAUCAUACAUUGGGCUUGUCAAUAUGAUGCUUCAGAUUGUGUAGCAAAGUCAUUAGCCCAUUUCAGAAGGUGGAAAUCAGAGACUUAUCCGGAUGAAAAAAAUCCCAUUCCAAUAAACAUACGUGCCAGUGUUUAUUGUGCCGCAAUUAAGAAUGGAACUAAGGAGGAUUGGCAGUUCCUUUGGACAAGAUUCCUAAAAUCCAAUGUGGCUUCCGAACAAGGAAUCAUUUUAAUCGCCUUGGGCUGUUCACAGGAUGCGAAAUUGUUGCAGCGAUAUUUGGAGCUUAUUUUCGAUCCUGCAGAAGUUAUCCGCAAACAGGACUCUGGCCUUAGUUUCGCAUCCGUGGUUUCCGGGGAAGUAGGCAUGCCUCUUGGCAUGAAGUAUUUCAUGGACAACGUGGAGCGGAUAUUCCAACUCUAUAACCCAUCUGUUGGUAAUAUGGGCACUAUUUUGAUAGCGUGUUCUGUUAUAACCGAUCGCAGACAGUAUAACGAAUUCAAAGCAUUUGUCAAAAAAUCGAGAAGGUUUUUCAAAGGCUUGGAACAGACUAUUGGCCAGACCAUGGAAGCUAUUCUUAUGAACGUCCAAUGGAUGGAACAAUCGUCUAAGCAGCUCUCCCGAUUUUUGGUGAAGUACACUUAAAUAAAAAAGCCACUAAACUUUUCUUAAGUGAAAAA